CAAGAAUCAGUAGUCGCCGCGGUUUCGACGUGUCAGUUUGCAGUACAAUUACGAUUGAUUAAUCGCGCCAAAUCGCGGAGCCAAAGUAGUACUUAGCAGGUAGCAAGAGGAAGCACAUCAGCGAGUCCAUCGACAACAAUAACAAAAUAUGGCGGAUAAAGUAAAUGUGUGCAUUGUGGGCUCCGGCAACUGGGGUUCGGCCAUAGCGAAAAUCGUGGGCGCCAAUGCCGCCGCCCUGCCGGAGUUCGAGGAGCGGGUGACCAUGUUCGUCUACGAGGAGCUCAUCGAUGGCAAGAAGCUGACGGAGAUUAUCAACGAGACGCACGAGAACGUGAAGUACCUGAAAGGACACAAGCUGCCCCCGAAUGUGGUUGCCGUGCCCGACCUCGUUGAGGCCGCCAAGAACGCCGACAUCCUGAUCUUCGUGGUGCCCCACCAGUUCAUUCCCAACUUCUGCAAACAGCUCCUGGGCAAGAUCAAGCCGAACGCCAUCGCUAUCUCCCUGAUCAAGGGCUUCGACAAGGCCGAGGGCGGCGGCAUCGAUCUGAUCUCGCAUAUAAUCACGCGUCACCUGAAGAUCCCAUGCGCCGUGCUGAUGGGCGCCAACCUGGCCAACGAGGUGGCUGAGGGAAACUUCUGCGAAACGACAAUCGGCUGCACGGACAAGAAGUAUGGCAAGGUGCUGCGCGAUCUCUUCCAAGCGAACCACUUCCGCGUGGUGGUCGUGGACGACGCCGACGCCGUGGAGGUCUGCGGAGCCCUCAAGAACAUCGUGGCCUGCGGCGCUGGCUUUGUUGAUGGCCUGAAGCUGGGCGACAACACCAAAGCCGCUGUCAUCCGACUGGGCCUCAUGGAGAUGAUUCGCUUCGUGGACGUCUUCUACCCCGGCAGCAAGCUGUCCACCUUCUUCGAGAGCUGUGGCGUGGCCGAUCUGAUCACGACGUGUUACGGUGGCCGAAACCGCCGCGUCUCUGAGGCGUUUGUGACUUCUGGAAAAACCAUUGAGGAGCUGGAGAAGGAAAUGCUCAACGGUCAGAAGCUGCAGGGCCCACCCACUGCCGAGGAGGUCAACUACAUGCUGAAGAACAAGGGUCUGGAGGACAAAUUCCCCCUGUUCACGGCUAUCCACAAAAUAUGCACAAAUCAGCUCAAGCCUAAUGAUUUAAUUGAUUGCAUACGCAAUCACCCUGAGCAUAUGCAAAAUUUGUAAAUCCCUUAAAGAAGCUGAGACGUUUUUAACAUUUUUAUGCACCACAGAGAAUAAAUGUAUUUUUUCAGCACAACGCCAACUCAAUGAAUCUUUGGAUUCCAUUUUCUAACCAGUUAACUAACAGAUUUCGUAUAGGUUGUUGCCUUAGUUAGCAUAUUGAUUUAAAUCCAAAACCACGCAUAUCCAACGAACCACGGAAGAAAACUGACAACCAAAGUCUGCUUUAAUUUUAAAAUUUAUUUGUUUUUAAUUCAAAACUAGCCAAGAAACAAACGCAAGUACCUAACAAAUAUAUUGUAAUUUUGUGGCCACGAGUAUUUCAACGGUUACCGAAGAAUCUAGCGGAGUGAAUCUUAGUAUAAUUUUAAUCGGACUGCGUAGAUACUAGAGUUAAAUGAUUACCCAAAGAUCGUUGCAAAAAUAAAAGCUGAGUAAUUAA